CGGAAACAAGACCCCGCCUAUGACCAGUGAUAUCAUCACUUCAAAAUAUUUAUUGUAUCAAAUGGUAGCCUAAAGUAGACUACAAUGGCAUAUCAAUUAAUAGACUACUUGAUGGCCAACAGAGGCAAAUGUAUCAUUCUCCACAUUUAAUGUCAGUUUCAUAUAGGACUUUUCUUCAUAAAAGAACCACACUCAUUUCACAUUUCCACUCAGGCAGCCCCCGAGACACAAUAACUGAGCAUACGUAAAUCACUUCCCUCGAUAACGUUUCCUUUUAGCAAAGUUAACCAUCUCCGUGCGAAUUAAUGUAACCACCUUCGACUGAUUUUUUUUGAGAAAUGCCAUGGCGGCCGCGGUGAAACUUAGAAAUAGCUCAAUAACCCGCAAACCACGACCAAUAUAUUUUCAACGCGUCAUCGUUUUAAAAGUAUCCCAAUUUACUAGAAAACAAUGUACAUGGCAACCCUGUAUCUGUGCUACAGCUCUACGUCACCGUUCGAUCACAAGUGGAACGCCGCCACCUUGCGCAACCACAGACUGUUGUCUACGACCGCCAUCUUCCGGAUUUAUACCAUACGUUCAUGCAUAAACAAUUGGUUCGGUUCAAUGUUGUACGGUUGACUACUAGAUGGUGCAAAAGAGCCAUCCUUUUUAUUCUGACACGCUUGCUCGCACACAAACCCCAUGACAAGCAGCCGGGUUCAAGCGAAAUAAACCAGCCCGUUUCCAGCCUAGUGGCUCAACUGUUAACACGGGUCAAAGUUAUCCCGGAAUAAGGACAGCACGCAUGUGCCGUCAACCCGGAUGUAGAAUUUGUACGAUACGCUUCCCAUAUUUGAUUAUUUUAUGUGACAUUGUUGCUAACUGUGUCAAAAAUAGAACACGUAGUCCUUUUGUGGCACGCUUGAACCGGUCUAGACCGGGAUAGACAGAAGUGUCGCGUGAACUGUCACAGCUGACAGCAGUGGUAGGUCUACUGAAGCUUGGCAGUACUGUAAGCAUAACAAACCUUAGUUUUGAGGUUGUAGGCUCCGAUUUUGUUAUUACUUUUAGUUGAAUGCUUCAUAAUACGAUUUAAAUAAUUUUAGCCUACAAAUCAUGUAUUAGCUAAUUCAGGUUAGGCCUAAAUAAUAGGGUAUAGGAUAGCCUGUACUAGCAGGUUUAUUAGCCUUCAGCCAAUCUCGGGCUAAUGCUUGGCUAUCACUACUUUGAUUGGAGAGAAAAAAACAGAGUUUUGUUUUGAUUUCCAUAGAAAAUAUAACUCAGAAGACCUGUCAUCUGUCAAAGUGGCGUCUAGAAUGGACUUCCGCGGUAGAAAGUAUGAGCGGGGCAGCAACUGGUCCGACCCAGAGGUGGCCGAACUCCUCCAGCUGUGGUCAGAUGAGUCGGUCCAACUCGAGCUGGAAAGUUGCCUCCGAAAUCAACAUGUAUUUAACCGAAUAGCGGACGUCCUGCGGGAGAACGGUAUCUAUCGCACUGGCGACCAGUGCAGGGAGAAGAUAAAAAAGAUGAAGCUGGAGUACCGCCGCAUUAAGGACAACCACAGGAUGAUACGCGGCGGGAGGUCGUGGAAGUUUUAUGACGUUAUGGACCGGGUCUUAACGAACCGACCGGCCAUAUCCUACUCCUCAUUGGGCGGUACCGUUAUAGCCCACCAAGUCCUCCAGAGCCCGCCUAGUGGGGCAGACGCAUACAUCCAUGGUCUGCCAGGUGGUGCCUUUGGUUCCACUGCCUCGGGCGGGUUCUUGUUUGGUCAUCCGCCCAGGCUAGGGGAGCUGCUUGAGAUCAAAUGUGAGCAUGCAGAGUCCGAGGACGGAUUGCUGAACUCCGAUGCUGCGCCCCCAGAGCUACUGUACCAUACCGGGUCUGGAGAUGAGCAUGACACUGAUGGGAAGUCUGCCGGGCUGGACCAAGAGGAUCCGGUCGAGAUGGCGAGAGGAGAGCGCACGACGAGCGCGCGAUUCUCUCCUUCAGGUUUCAGUGAUCAGAACCAGGCUGGGUCCUCAGGCACAGGGGCCUCCAUUGCUGGUCCUGAUGGCCGGGACACAGGGAACCAGCGUGACCCAGAGGGUUCCCGACCUGCAGCCCCUGUGAGGCAGAGGAAGCGUCGGCGUGCAGGUAGAGGGGCUGGUGGGGGAGGAGGGGGUGGAUGUGGGGGCCGGGGGCCCCUGGACGAGGCCCUGGUCAGCUUCCUAAGCUGGCAGCGGUCUGCUGAGGAGCGGCUCAUCUCCCUGGAGGAGGCACGGCUGGAGAGGGAGGCGCAGGCGGAGGAGAGGCGGGAGCAGAAGGAGGAGAGGAGGGCGGAGCAGGAGAGACAGCAUGAGCUCCGUCUGUUCAGCAUGUUCACUGGGGCCCUGGCCGCUGUUAGACAGACUGCCCCUACUUCUCCACCGUUUGCUCCUACUUUUUCUACUGACUCAACUGUACCCUCUGCCACUUCUGGACAUACCGCUAUACUUAACGCCCUAUCUGCCCCAGCUACUUCGUCUGUCCCAUUUGGCUGUCCUGCCCCAACUACAGAACCACCACCAUCCAUCCCAGCCCGUUGCCCCACUAAACCUGAGAGCAUACUGGCCACACUAAGUGGUGCAGAGACCCCUGGCCACAGUGUGUACCUGUCCCGCCGUGGCAACUCCAUUAGACAGCACCAGGGCAUUCUACAGGAGGGCUACACCCAGUACCACGCUGACAAAUACCAGCACACUGACAACCCCAAUGGCAUCAUCAACAUGGGCACCAGUGAGAACAAGCUGUGCUAUGAUCUGCUGCACAAACGGAUGACCCAGCCUGACAUGCUUCAUAUCGACCCAGCCUUGCUGCAGUAUCCUGACUGGAAAGGCCACCGCUUUCUGAGAGAAGAGGUGUCCAGGUUCCUGUCCCACUACUGUGGUUCGCCCAGGCCACUGAGAGCAGACAAUGUUGUGGUGAUGAAUGGCUGUGGCUCCCUCUUCUCAUCCAUAGCCGCAGUGCUUUGUGACCCGGAAGAUGCAAUCCUCAUUCCAACUCCAUUCUAUGGAGUGAUCACAGAGGAUAUGCAUCUGUACAGCGGUGUUCAGCUCUUCCAUGUUCAUCUCGACUGUGAGCCUAGUGGCAGUGGCAGUCGGCCGUUCCACCUCACUGUGGACAAACUGGAGGAAGCUAUGAGGAAGGCGAUUAGCGAGGGGUUGAAUGUGCGGGCCGUGGUCCUGGUGAACCCCCAUAACCCCCUGGCUGAUGUCUACUCCCCUCAAGAGAUGACUGGCUUUCUGGAGUUUGCCAAGAGGCAUAAGUUGCACGCCAUUGUAGAUGAGGUGUACAUGCUGACAGUGUUUGAAGACACAGUAACCUUCCACAGCGUCCUCAGCAUGGACAGCCUGCCGGACCCCCAGAGAACACAUGUGAUGUGGGGGAUGAGCAAGGACUUUGCGAUGGCAGGAGUGCGUGUGGGCACUGUGUACACUGAUAACAGGGACUUGGUGGAAGCUCUAGAUAAACUGGGGAUGUUCCAUGGUGUCCCUGGUCCCAUACAGCACCAGAUGGCAAUCCUGCUCCAGGACAAAGAUUGGAUCAAUGGGAAGUUUCUUCCAGAGAACAGGCUGAGAAUGCAGGCAGCUCACAGGUACAUGACAGGGGAGCUACAGAGCCUGGGAGUCCCCUACCUCCACCGGCCUGCUGGCUUCUACAUCUGGGCUGACCUCAGGAAGUACCUGUAUGAGCCGUCAUUUGUGGAGGAACUGUCCCUGUGGAGGUGUUUCCUCAGACACAAGGUGGUGCUGAGCUGUGGCCAAGCCUUCCAUUGCUCCACUCCUGGCUGGUUCCGCAUUGUCUUCACAGACCGACAGCAACACCUUACGCUCGGCAUGCAGAGGAUCAGGAGGGCCUUGGAGGAGAUAGAUGGGGUCACAUCCACCCUUGACACGGGCACAACCAACGAGGCCACAGAGGAGAAAGGGACAGAGAAGACAACACAGGGGGACACAACAGACGCACAAAAACCUCUUGCUGUUAAGUCAACAUCCUUGUCCAAGAACAGAUCAUCAGAAGAGCCAGAGGAGAAGGAUAAUAACAUCCCUGAUGCCAUCCCAUUGGUCAGUGAAGAUUUGAUCUUGCUUGACUGCCAGACGUCCCACCCCGCAGAAAGUCUGGACUCCCUGAUUGGUGCCCUGAGGCAACAGAUCCACACCUCUGAUUGGCUUGAGAAGAACACUCCGGAACUGUCUGCUGGGGAGGACCCAGAGCUUCUGGAUGUGUUCAAAGACCUGCUGGACAGAGCCAGAAAGUAGAGGAGAGGAGUGGAUGGAGGGGAUGGAGGGGAUGGAGAGGAAAGGAGGGGAUGGAGAGGAAAGGAGGGGAUGGAGAGGAGAAGAGGGGAUAGAGAGGAUGAAGAGGAGGGGAUGGAGAGGAAAGGAGGGGAUGGAGAGGAGAAGAGGGGAUAGAGAGGAUGAAGAGGAGGGGAUGGUUAGAGGAGAGGGGAGGUGGAAGGAAAGGACAGGAGGCAAGAAAAGACAUCAGUCAGGAUAGGCGACAAAGGUUCCCCAGUUUGUCCACAUCAGAAUGUCUUAAUUUUUUGUUGUUAUGAGAGCUGUUCUUCAUUAUUUCAGCCAGAAGUCAGUGUAUCAGGCUGUGCUGUAAUCUCUGCAGUUCUGUUCAUUGAAUGCCAAUGUUGACUCAAACAAAUAUACAGAGUUAAGUUUAAGUCUCUGUCAAAUACAUUUUAUACUUUAGUUAUAACUCGUUUUCUGGUUGUACUUUUGUUCUGUAAUCCACUUUAAUGAUUAACCUUGAAUAUGGUUAUAUGUUUAUGACGUUGUCAUCUAUAGUACCAUUCAUGAGCUUUUAAUACAGUUGUUGUUCAUACUGUAUACAUAUGUACAGUAAAUGGUUCUGAAUAUUUCACUAAGUCUUAAUGUUGAUAAAUUGGUCAACGUUCAAUAAAAGCCUUAUUUUUA